CCCGACAUUGAUUAUACCGGAUCUGUCCCACCUCAGUACUGUCUAGAGUAACCCCUGUGGGAGAAGCAGCAGCCAUGAACCCUCAACAGAUGGAACAGAUGGGUCAGUUCAAGAUCACAAUGUGGGAGGAGGAGAACUUCCAGGGAAAGCGUUGUGAGUUCAUGCUGGAAUGCCCAAACAUCAUGGAUAGAGGCUUCAACAAGAUCCGCUCCAUCAAGGUUGAGAAUGGACCUUGGGUGGGUUUUGAGUACCCAGAGUUCCAGGGACAGCAGUUUAUCCUGGAGAAGGGAGACUAUCCUCGCUAUGAGGCCUGGAGUGGAAAUAGCAGCUACAGAACCGAGCACAUGCUUUCCUUCAGACCCAUCAAGUGCGCUAAACACAGUGACAGCAAGGUGACCAUGUACGAGUGUGAGGACUUCCAGGGACGCAAGUUUGAGUUGUGCGAUGACUACCCCUCCCUACAGGCCAUGGGCUGGUGCAGCAAGGAGGUUCCCUCCAUCAAAGUCAACUCGGGAGCCUGGGUGGCCUACCAGUUCCCUGGUUACCGUGGCUACCAGUACAUCCUGGAGAGAGACAGACGCCAAGGCGAGUACAGAAACUACAAUGAGUACAGCACCCAGGCUCAUACCAACCAGGUGCAGUCCAUUCGUAGGAUUCAGCACUAAGAUUUCACUCUGCCCGCCUUAUCUGAUCUGAAAAGGAAAAAAAAAGAAACUCUCCCUUAACGGCCUCCUCAACUCGGACCCUGGACAGAACGCUGUCACAGAACAGUAGAUGGACAAAUUCUUUCUAAAGCUCUGUGGCUCUGCAUGUAUGGAUAUUUAGGUGCCUAACUCUAUCAUCAUGCUAAAGCAUGUUCUUGAAAUAGGAAAUAAAGGCUUUUCUUUCAAACUAGAGACUGUUUGUCGGUAUUCUUUUUUUUUUCCCAAAUGAUAUUUUCACCCCUCGAUAAAAAUGAAUAAUAGGAUAUGAACGCAGUCGCAGUUCCCCUGCUGCGCCAUCAGACAAUAUGUACAAGAAUAAGGGGUCAUACUACAGAUGUGCAAGCAUUACAGAGUCGGGGCUGCUUGAACUAGACUGCUAGCACACACAGAUUUUGAGUUGUAUUUACUGAAGACAUACUCAGCCUUUUGGUGAACAUUCAUGGAAAGAUUUGAUUCUGUUAGGCUUUAGGAUAUGUAACAUUGUUCUUGUCAGACUGUUUUCUUAUUUCCAAUAAACAAGAGCAUGAGAUUCUAUUUGUUUCAAUUUUAUUUUUUUACAACUGUUAAAUGUGCCAAUAAUGGAGAUUUGGUUAUUUUAGAAAUGUUCAUUACAGCUUAAUGACUUCAGAGAGAAAUAUAAACCCCUUUAUUCUAUCCUCGCAUAAUUUGGAUUUUCUUAUUUGCUCUUGCUUUAUUGGUGUUUGUGUAGUAAACGUAGUCAUCUGAGUCUUUACAUCCACAGUGGACCCAGAGCCAGUGGUGCAGGCCUGUGUGUGACAGAAUAGUAUUUGGCACCAUGAUGUGUUCUUAUUUUAAGUGUCUGAUAGAA